CGGAGUCAACCCUACGGCCUUAAACAUGCCUGGCAGCUUCCUAGGACAGCCCCUCGCGCGAGGCACUCUGGGACUUGUAGUUUGCCUCUCCGCACAGCGCUCUGCUGCCUGGCCCGGCCCGGCUUUGAACGUCGCUUUCUCUUCUUCCCCCUCCGGUCCCAGCACGCCGACUUCCUGGUUGCUUCACAGAUGACUACACUACCCAGAAGGCUCUUCGCGUCCAGCGCGGCGCGGCGCCGGCCGUCUCCUUAGGACUACAGUUCCCAGAAGCCCUCUAGAGCCGUGCUUCUCUCCCUCUCUCUUUCGCUCUUCCAGGACCACAAUCCUCAGAGCUUUCUCGGCUUCCCCGGCGUUUCUCUUUUUGCCCCGAGCCCCGUCAGGAGCUGGCUGAGCGGAGCCGGCCAUCCGGCCCGCGGUGGUGACGUGGGCCGGGCCCCGGACUCCCUCAGCGGUCCCCUCCAUCCUUUCCCUCGGCCGACCCCGGGGCAGGCCGCCGCGGCUGGCCUGAGCGGUGACCUGGCGGGCGGCGCCUGCGCUCUGCCUCGCUUCCUGCCUGGCUGGUGGCGGCGGCCAUUUUGUUCAUCCUCCUCCUCCUCCUGCUGCUCCUGGUUGGAGCGCAGUGUCCGGAGCGGGCCGGGGGGACAGAGCCCAGGAGCCGGGUUCGGUGGCCUUUCCUCUGUCCCCAGCCGGUGCCCGGAGCCCCCCUCCCCUUCCUCCCCACCCCCUCCCCUCCCCAGCCCUGCCCUCCCCCUUGUCCCGGGAUCGCUCCGUCGCACCCACCAUGAUGGAAGACGACGGGCAGCCCCGGACUCUAUACGUAGGUAACCUCUCCAGAGAUGUGACGGAAGUCCUUAUACUUCAGUUGUUCAGUCAGAUUGGCCCCUGUAAAAGCUGUAAAAUGAUAACAGAGCAACCCGAUAGCAGAAGGGUCAACUCUUCUGUUGGAUUUUCUGUUUUGCAGCAUACAAGCAAUGACCCAUAUUGCUUUGUGGAAUUUUAUGAACACAGAGAUGCAGCUGCUGCGUUAGCUGCUAUGAAUGGGAGAAAAAUUUUGGGAAAGGAGGUCAAAGUAAACUGGGCAACAACACCAAGUAGCCAGAAAAAAGAUACCUCCAAUCACUUCCACGUAUUUGUUGGAGAUUUAAGUCCAGAAAUUACAACAGAAGAUAUCAAAUCAGCAUUUGCCCCCUUUGGUAAAAUAUCGGAUGCCCGGGUAGUCAAAGACAUGGCAACAGGAAAAUCCAAAGGCUAUGGUUUUGUAUCUUUUUAUAAUAAACUGGAUGCAGAAAAUGCAAUUGUGCAUAUGGGAGGUCAGUGGUUGGGUGGUCGUCAAAUCAGAACUAACUGGGCCACACGUAAACCACCUGCACCUAAAAGCACACAAGAAAACAACACUAAGCAGUUGAGAUUUGAAGAUGUAGUAAAUCAGUCAAGUCCAAAAAAUUGUACUGUGUACUGUGGAGGGAUCGCCUCGGGGUUGACAGACCAGCUUAUGAGACAGACGUUCUCCCCGUUUGGCCAGAUUAUGGAGAUCAGAGUCUUCCCCGAGAAGGGCUACUCCUUUGUCAGAUUUUCAACCCAUGAAAGUGCUGCCCAUGCCAUUGUUUCAGUGAAUGGUACUACGAUUGAAGGACAUGUGGUUAAAUGCUAUUGGGGUAAAGAAUCUCCUGAUAUGACUAAAAACUUCCAACAGGUCGACUACAGUCAGUGGGGCCAGUGGGGCCAGGUGUAUGGGAACCCACCGCAGUAUGGACAGUAUAUGGCCAACGGGUGGCAAGUACCGCCGUACGGGGUGUACGGGCAACCGUGGAGUCAGCAAGGGUUCGGAGUAGAUCAAUCCCCUUCUGCGGCGUGGAUGGGCGGCUUUGGUGCCCAGCCUCCUCAAGGACAAGCUCCCCCUCCAGUAAUACCUCCUCCCAACCAAGCUGGAUAUGGUAUGGCAAGUUACCAAACACAGUGAGCUGGGACUCUAGGCAAAAUGGUCAUUCGUGAUAGGCUUCGAUUUCCUGUGACACUCUGAAGACAUGAAAGUAGACAUCGGAACAUGAAAAUAUUUAUUUUAAAAAUUGAAAUGUUUGGAACCUUUAGCACAGCUUUGCUUUGGUGAAGGACACAUGUCUUCUAGUUCUGCCUUUUUCAGUUCUUGUUCAUGAUGGAUAUGAACAUGAUUUUUCUUUGUGUACAAAAACUAAAAUAAAGUCAAUAAAGACA